CGAAUUAACGCGGGGCCGAAGCAGAAGCAGGGCACGCCGGCCAUGGCGCGCGCCUCGACCUCGCUGCUCCCCCUCCUCCUCCUGCUAGUGGCCGUCGCGCUCCUCCCCGAGGCCGACGCGGCGGGGAACUUCACCGCCGAGUCCCGCGGCGCGCGGUGGCGGUCCCGCCGCGCGCGGCGCCGCGCCUUCGAGAACGGCCUCGGCCGCACGCCGCAGAUGGGGUGGAACAGCUGGAACCACUUCUACUGCGGGAUCAACGAGCAGAUCAUCAGGGAGACAGCUGAUGCAUUGGUCAACACUGGUCUGGCAAAAUUGGGAUACCAUUAUGUUAAUAUAGAUGAUUGCUGGGCAGAAUAUAACAGGGACUCCCAGGGUAAUUUCGUUCCAAAUAGACAGACAUUCCCCUCUGGCAUCAAGGCACUUGCAGAUUAUGUGCAUGCAAAAGGGCUGAAGCUUGGUAUCUACAGUGAUGCUGGGUCACUCACUUGCAGCAACAAAAUGCCAGGAUCACUUGAUCAUGAAGAACAAGAUGUCAAGACCUUCUCGUCUUGGGGAGUUGAUUAUCUAAAGUAUGACAACUGCAACGAUGCUGGCAGGACUAUCAUGGAAAGAUACACUAGAAUGAGCAAUGCCAUGAAAACUUACGGAAAGAAUAUCUUCUUCUCACUCUGUGAAUGGGGAAAAGAAAAUCCUGCUACGUGGGCAGGCCGCAUGGGUAAUAGCUGGAGAACAACCGGUGACAUCGCUGACAACUGGGACAGCAUGACAUCUCGUGCGGACCAAAACGACCAAUGGGCUGCCUAUGCCGGACCUGGUGGAUGGAAUGAUCCUGACAUGCUCGAAGUGGGUAAUGGUGGGAUGUCUGAAGCUGAGUACCGCUCACACUUCAGUAUCUGGGCGCUAGCAAAGGCUCCUCUUUUGAUCGGAUGCGAUGUGCGCUCCAUGAGCCAGCAGACGAAGGAUAUACUCAGCAACUCGGAGGUCAUCGCUGUCAACCAAGAUAGGCUAGGUGUCCAAGGAAAGAAAGUACAAUCUGACAAUGGACUGGAGGUUUGGGCUGGACCUCUCAGCGACAACAGGAAGGCCAUCGUCCUCUGGAACAGGCAGCCAUACCAGGCAACCAUCACUGCACACUGGUCGAACAUUGGGCUCGCUCCGUCAGUUGUCGCCACUGCUCGUGAUCUAUGGGCGCACUCCUCAUUCGCAGCUCAGGGACAAAUAUCAGCCUCGGUGGCGCCUCAUGACUGCAAGAUGUACAUCUUGACACCAAACUAAGCCUUAAAACAAAGAGAGCACAUAUUAGUACGUGCUGGCUUGAUACAGCUAAUUGAUCAGGAUUCAGGAAAGAAGGGUUUGCAAUCUUUGCAAAGAUUGGUAGAGCUGGAAAUGGGAUCAUGUCAUUUGGUUACAUGUAGAAAUAAGCUGUAAGCCUCUGAGCGUAAUGUAUGUAAGCUGCCGCCAAAUGCCGGCGUAUGUAUCUCCGAUGUUUGCAACGAAAGUUGCAGCAAUAAAACGGCAUUUCCUGCCACUAUCUUAUUAUAUAGAAAGAUAUGAGUGUAAUUUGCACCA